CUUCUCCAUUUUCCUGUGUUGGAUCUUCUGUUUUCUAUAGCACAUGUUUUUCUGUUUUUGGUUUGUUAAAAAUAUACCAUAAACAAAAUCAAAGCACAAAUAAGCUGGGAAGAAACACUUGCAAUGUACAGGUCAAAUAAAAGGUUGAGAUUGUAGCUCUUAGAAUUUAUUAAGACUAAAACAGAUAUUCCAUUUACAAAAGGAUAAAGGGAAUAAGGGAUUUGUAGAAAAGCAAAUAGCCAACAAACAGGAAAAAGUUCAACACAGAGGAAAUGUAAUUUAAAAUAUGAAUAAGAUUUUAAAGUUUUUGAAGGAAUGAUAAUGCCUAUAUUGGCAUAUAGGCACACUCACAUGCUACUCUUGCUACUGUAAAUUGCUAAACCCUUUCUGGAGAGCAUUUUGACCAUAUAUGUGAAAAAACAAACAAAUAAAAAUGUUCAUACUCCUUUAUUCAUCAACUUACUAAAAAAAAGUACUGUAGUAAUCUUCAUUUUGGAGAGUUUCUCUCACUCUGAAAGUCUCUUAUUCACAGUAGUGUAUUUAGUAACAAGUACUAAUAGUUAUUCAUUUAUAUUGCCCUAUUUUAAAAAAUAUUUCUUUGUAAUUUCAGUCCUACAAGAUUAUCAAUUUUGCCCCCAGUUUACUUCGGAUUAUAGUCUCUGACCAUGUGGAAUUCCCAGUGCGUCAGGCAGCUGCCAUUUACUUGAAGAACAUGGUGACACAGUACUGGCCAGACCGAGAACCUCCCCCGGGAGAAGCAAUAUUUCCAUUCAACAUUCACGAAAAUGACCGCCAGCAAAUACGUGAUAACAUUGUGGAAGGGAUAAUUCGAUCUCCAGAUUUAGUGAGAGUCCAGUUAACAAUGUGUCUCCGUGCCAUCAUUAAAUAUGAUUUCCCCGGUCACUGGCCAGCAGUAGUUGACAAGAUAGACUACUACUUGCAGUCACAGAGCAGCGGAAGCUGGCUUGGCAGUUUAUUAUGCCUGUAUCAACUGGUGAAGACAUAUGAAUAUAAGAAAGCAGAGGAAAGAGAACCUCUUAUAGCAGCAAUGCAAAUAUUUCUGCCUCGUGUUCAGCAACAAAUUAUGCAGCUUCUUCCUGAUUCCUCACAUUAUUCUGUUUUACUACAGAAACAGAUUCUGAAAAUCUUUUAUGCACUUGUUCAGUAUGCGUUGCCUCUUCAGCUGGUGAGUAACCAGACCAUGACAGCGUGGAUGGAGAUCUUUCGAACUAUUAUUGACAGGACGGUUCCUCCUGAGACUAUGCAAAUUGAUGAAGAUGACAGACCAGAACUAGUCUGGUGGAAGUGUAAGAAGUGGGCACUGCACAUUGUAGCUCGUCUGUUUGAACGAUAUGGAAGCCCAGGAAAUGUCACAAAAGAAUAUUUUGAAUUUUCUGAAUUCUUUUUGAAAACCUAUGCAGUGGGAAUUCAGCAGGUACUACUGAAAAUUUUAGACCAGUAUAGACAGAAAGAGUACAUAGCCCCUCGUGUUCUUCAGCAAGCAUUCAACUAUCUCAACCAAGGGGUGGUUCACUCUGUAACGUGGAAGCAGAUGAAACCGCACAUGCAGAAUAUCUCUGAAGAUGUGAUUUUUGCUGUGAUGUGUUACAAGGAUGCAGAUGAAGAGCUAUGGCAAGAAGACCCACAUGAGUACAUACGGAUGAAAUUCGAUAUUUUUGAAGAUUAUGCUUCUCCUACCACAGCAGCGCAGACUCUCUUAUAUACUGCUGCAAAGAAAAGAAAAGAGGUGUUGCCAAAGAUGAUGGCAUUCUGUUAUCAAAUCCUAACAGACCCGAACUUUGACCCUAGAAAGAAAGAUGGAGCCCUGCAUGUGAUUGGUUCCCUAGCUGAUAUUUUAUUGAAGAAGAGUUUAUUCAAGGACCAAAUGGAGCUGUUGCUGCAGAAUCAUGUAUUUCCAUUAUUAUUGUCUAACCUGGGGUAUCUUCGAGCUAGAUCCUGUUGGGUACUUCAUGCGUUUAGUUCUUUGAAGUUUCAUAAUGAGCUCAAUCUAAGAAAUGCGGUUGAACUAGCAAAGAAGAGCUUGAUUGAAGAUAAGGAGAUGCCUGUCAAAGUGGAAGCUGCCCUUGCUCUGCAGUCAUUAAUUUCUAACCAGACACAAGCUAAGGAAUAUAUGAAGCCACAUGUGAGGCCUAUUAUGCAGGAGCUGUUGCACAUUGUUAGAGAGACAGAAAAUGAUGAUGUAACCAAUGUUAUCCAGAAGAUGAUAUGUGAAUACAGUCAAGAAGUAGCUUCCAUUGCUGUCGAUAUGACCCAACACUUGGCGGAGAUAUUUGGCAAAGUUCUUCAGAGCGAUGAGUAUGAAGAAGUUGAAGACAAAACAGUAAUGGCCAUGGGAAUUUUACAUACCAUUGAUACCAUCUUGACAGUUGUUGAAGAUCAAAAGGAGGUUACUCAGCAGUUAGAGAAUAUCUGCCUACGGAUCAUUGAUCUCGUUUUACAGAAACAUGUAAUUGAAUUCUAUGAAGAAAUUCUUUCCCUGGCAUAUAGUUUAACCUGCCAUGGUAUUUCCCCUCAAAUGUGGCAGCUUCUAGGUAUAUUAUAUGAGGUUUUUCAGCAGGACUGUUUUGAAUAUUUUACAGACAUGAUGCCUCUCCUGCAUAAUUAUGUGACAAUAGACACAAAUACUUUACUCUCCAAUCCGAAGCAUCUAGAAAUACUUUUCACCAUGUGUAGAAAGGUACUGUGUGGAGAUGCAGGUGAAGAUGCAGAAUGUCAUGCAGCCAAACUUCUUGAAGUCAUCAUUCUUCAGUGCAAAGGAAGGGGAAUUGAUCAGUGUAUUCCACUUUUCGUUCAACUUGUUUUGGAGAGAUUAACCCGAGGGGUCAAAACUAGUGAGCUCCGGACUAUGUGUCUCCAGGUUGCGAUUGCUGCCUUGUACUACAACCCUGAUCUGCUGCUGCAUACCUUGGAAAGAAUUCACUUGCCUCACAACCCUGGACCUAUAACUGUACAGUUUAUAAAUCAGUGGAUGAAUGACACAGAUUGUUUUCUUGGGCAUCAUGACCGGAAGAUGUGUAUAAUAGGACUGAGCAUCCUCUUGGAGCUGCAGAGCCGGCCUCCUGCAGUGGAUGCGGUGGUGGCACAGAUCGUGCCCUCAAUUCUCUUCCUCUUCCUUGGCCUCAAGCAGGUCUGUGCUACCAGACAACUGGGGAACCGGGAAGAUCGCUCAAAAGCAGAGAAGAAUGAUAUGGAGGAAAAUGAGGAGAUUUCCAGCGACGAGGAGGAGGCGAGUGCCCCGGCGCAGGCCGCGCCGCCGAGCAGCGGCCGGGGGGACGGCGACGACGAGGACGGCGACGACUGGGACGAGGAGGUGUUGGAGGAGACCGCCCUCGAGGGCUUCAGCACUCCGCUCGACCUGGACAGCAGUGUGGACGAAUACCAGUUUUUCACGCAAGCUCUGUUAGCUGUGCAGAAUCGGGACGCUGCCUGGUACCAGCUGCUGGUGGCCCCACUCAGUGAGGACCAGAGGAGAACGCUGCAGGAGGUGUUCACCCUGGCAGAGCACCGGAGGACGGUGGCAGAGGCAAAGAAGAAGAUUGAACAACAGGGAGGCUUCACCUUUGAAAAUAAAGGAGUCCUCUCUGCUUUUAACUUUGGGACUAUGCCCAGCAACAACUGAAGAUGGGACAUCAACUGACCAAGACCAAGUGUCAUCGGGAUAUUUCACUUCACCAGGGGAACGUGGGGUCCAGGGAGGAAGGGUUGGGAGCUGCUGUUUGGCACCUUCCUGCUGUGCCAGUUACUGCCUGGCAUAGGGCGGUAUUUUUAUCCACUCUCUCCUUUGCCCUUUCUCACCCUGAAAUAUGUAUUUUAAGCAGCUACUGUAAUGUAUGAAAUUAAAGGAAAACAAAAUCAUUGGACUGUAAAGGACAAAUCAUACGCUCCAAAGGAUGAAUGACCAAGGUGGUGUCGGAGGAUUGGAUCAGAUGCACGUCUCAGGUUUUUGCAGAAUCAGUGGAUUGAUGCGGAUAACAGUGCCUUCUGUUGUACAUGAAUUAUCUGACAACAUUUUUUUUGGAGUGCAUUGCGGUUUUUUUUAAAGCAUAAAACAUAUUUCUAGAUAUAAUGUAAA